AUGUCUGAUGUACCACCUUCAGUUCAAGGUCCCCAACCACAAGUUCUUGUUGCACCUGCUGUCGUGAAUGGGAAUGGCGGUGGAGAGGCUGUAGUUGUUGCUGCUCAACCUCAUAAUGGAGAAGCAGCUCCGAAUCCUCAACCUCCGAAUGCCCCACUUAUCAUUGAUGAGGAGGUAAUUGACAGAGCCAAACUUAAGAGUUUGGUUUGGAAACAUUUCAAAAAGAUUAAGGUGAAUAAUCUUUGGAAGGCUAAGUUAGCUAUCUUAAUGCAGGAAUACCCCCUUUCCAUGGUUGAUCAUCUCUAUUUCAAGAGGUUCAUCUAUGUUCCUGCUCCUCAUUCUAGUGAUAGACUUGCAUCUGUCUUGGUCAAUUGCAUGCUCGAUUGGAAUAUCGACUCAAAGAGUGAAGAAUGGUGUUGGCGUUCCGUUGCUACUAAAGACUGGAGCUGGGUUGCUGUUGCUGCACUUCUGAAGGAUGAUACUGCUGGUGAAGAGGGAAGUAAUGAGCUGCAUAAGAUUGUUGCUGCUGAAGGAUAA